AUGAUAAACGCUUUGAGACGAGAAUGUGACAAAGAUGAAGAGAAAGAGAACGAUCGACGGCCCUACUCGUUUCCCUAUCCACCCUAUGAGAUUCAGAUGAGGCUAAUGAACGAAAUUAAUGAGUGUAUUGAGAGAAAACAGGUAGGAAUCUUCGAAUCUCCGACGGGCACUGGGAAAUCGCUCUCCGUGCUAUGCUCGACGUUGACGUGGUUGGAGAAGAACGCGGAGAAAGAAAAACGAGAGUUGAAACGAAUCAUCGAUGAAACAAAGGAAAAAGGAGUGAAAGAAGAAAAAGCGGUUAACGAUUGGAUCGCGGAACACAAGAAGAAGUUGGCCAACAACAAAGAAGUGGAUGAGGCGAAAGAUCGUUUGGAGGUGCUGAGAUUGAUCGACGAGCGGCUGAAACAAGCGCGACAAUCGAAAGACGAGGAACAAACAUCGAGAAAACGAAAAGGAAAUUGGAAAGAAUCGACAAAAGAAGAUGCAGAUGCGGAUUUACUGCCAGAAAAGGAAGAAGAUGAAUGUGCUCCAGCAGAUGACUACGAUUCGGAUGAUGAUGCCUCGAAAUCGAAAAAGGAUGACGAUGAAGUGACAGCGUUAAAAGUGACAAAGAUCUUCUACGCAAGCCGCACUCACUCUCAAUUGGAACAACUCGUGCAAGAAGUGAAGAAAACAAGAUUUCAACCGCGUAUCGUCAUCGGCGCCUCUCGACAAACGCUAUGUGUGAAUGAAGAUGUGAGAAAAUUGACGUCGACAAGUUUAAUCAAUGAGAGAUGUCAAGAAUUGAGAAACAAUCACAAGGAAACCAGUCACAAGAGGAAACCGGGGGAAAAGAAGUCCUGUGGUGCGAAAACGUGUCAAUUCUACAAGUCGGACAACAUUGAGGAUGUGACAAAUGGGAUCUUAACUGGAUGUGAUACGAAUCCCUCGGCGGUGAUCGCGAAAGCAAAGCAACUGGAAGGAUGUGCGUAUUUUGGCUCGAGAAAAGCGAUUCCUCUUUGCGAGAUUGUUUUGCUACCAUAUCAGGUGAUCCUUCACGAAUUCACGCGCAACUCCUGGGAAGUUGACUUAAACGACAACAUUUUGGUGCUCGACGAGGCGCACAAUGUGCUCAACACGAUUACUUCUGUGAACAGUUCGGAACUCUCGGUGAAUGCGUUGACAUUAUCCCUUGAAUUGGUGCGAAGCUAUGUCGAUUUCUACAAGACGAGACUCAAGGCGAAGAAUUUGCUCUACAUGCGGAUGUUGCUUAUGCUUCUCUCACGUUUACAACUCUACUUCACCAAGUUGCCCGCCGAAUUUCAAGAAGUUUCGACGAUUCAAGGGUUCUUCAUCAAAGCAAAUCUCACCGAAGUGAAUGUGCACAAAUUGUCGACUUAUCUGAAGGGAUCGUUCAUUUGUCGGAAAUUACACGGAUAUAGCUUUAGACUUGCAAAUCGAAAACUCAAAGAGGAGACAACGCCAAAAACGACGGGAAUUCAACGGUUGCUAGCAAAACCGAAGAAUGAAACAAAUUUGAAAGUGGAAGAAUCGGCCGCGGCGGCUCCAUCAAAAUCAGCCCCAUCUUCUCUCCAAAUGGCCGCUUCAAUUUACGUGAUUCAGUCGUUUAUCGAUGCAUUGACGAACAAAUGCGAUGAUGCUCGAGUGAUCGUUGUGAAGACAAAAACUGAGUCGAAAUUCCGCUUCAUUCUGCUUAACCCCGGAUCAAAGUUGAUGGAUGUGCUCAAGCAACCGCGGGCCACGAUUCUCAUUGGUGGCACAAUGGAACCGUCAUCGUUUCUUGUGGAUUCUCUCGUCUCUUCUGGCCUCUCUCCAUCAUCAAUUCGUCGUUUUUCGUGCUCUCAUGUGAUCGACGACAAUCAAUUGGGAGUUCUGGCGAUCGAUAAGUGCACAGAUGGUCGACCUUUGCAAAUCACCUUCGAAACGCGCUCGGAUCCUCGUUUGAUACACUCGAUAGGGGAAAUGAUUGCACAAUUGAUAUCAAAAGUGCCAAAUGGUUGUGUGAUUUUCUUUCCCAGCUACGACUACUUGGACUUUUUCGUUGAGCAAUCAAGGAAGAACGGGAAUUUACAGAAAAUACAGAAGCUAAAGGACUUGUUCACCGAGAGCCGAGCCUCGUCGAAUGAUCUUUUGACGAGAUAUUCGGAGAAAGCUGUCCAGGAAAGAGGCGCCUUACUUUGUGCGGUGAUUGGUGGAAAACUCUCAGAAGGAAUAAACUUCUCGGACUCACUGGGACGAGCCGUUUUCAUCAUCGGCAUGCCCUAUCCGAACAAAAAUAGUCCCGAGUUGAAGGAACGAAUGAGGUUUGCCGAAUCACAGCGUGCCGGGAGUGCGAGUCGUCUCUACGAAUCGCUUUGUAUGCACUCGGUGAAUCAAGCUGUUGGCCGAGCGAUUCGCCAUCGACACGACUACGCGAUGAUCUUCUUUUUUGAUGCGAGAUAUUCAACGCAAAAUGUCUCCGCUCAAUUGUCUGCUUGGAUUGGGUCAAGGUUGACGAGAAAUGUGCCGAUUAGUGACGCUGUUGAGAAAACGAGGACAUUCUUUUUGGGCGGUGAAUGCGUUGUUUGUGGAGACAAAUCAAGUGGAAAGCAUUACGGGCAAAACUCGUGCGAAGGAUGCAAAUCGUUUUUCAAGAGAUCAAUCCGUCGAUCCCUCUCCUACACGUGUCGGGGUCAAAAGAAUUGCCCAGUUGACAUCAAUCACCGAAAUCAAUGCCAAUAUUGUCGAUUGAGGAAAUGCGUGCGGAUGGGGAUGAGAAAAGAAGAACGAGUCUCCUUGUUGACCUCGGUGCAACGAAGCUCCGUCCCAUCCAACGGAAAUCUAUUCAACAUUUUACCGCCAUUAUUCCCGGGUGCAGUGUCGAUUUUCACGGUGUUAAUGGGCAACAUGGUGCUUCUUGCUGAUACGACGAAAGCGUUUCCCAUCGAGACGAAUCAAGGCGUUUUUGUGGUCAUGGAUUACGCGUCAAUUCUCGGCACACUCAUCAACCUCUUCGGCCUCUACGUGAUCACUUUCCACACACCGAACAGUAUGAGAACCUAUGGCCAAGCACUGUGCGCAUAUCAAAUUCUCUCCUUGAUCACUGAUGCAUUGGUGGGAUCGGCGCUGGCGCCGUACUUCAUUUUCCCAGUGCCCGGCGGUCUUCCAAUGGGAUGGCUAUGGAAAUUCGGCGUUUCAACACAAUUGCAGAUUGCUCUUGGUUUCAUCUUCGGUGGCCACAUGGUUUCACUGAUCGCGACAAUGUUUUUGAUUCGACAUCAGACAAUCAUGCCUGAGGGACAUUUCAUGAAAAUCUCGUCACGAUUCGUCACUCCAAUCUACAUGAUUCUCCAAUUUUGGCCAUAUCUUCACAUGGGUGGCCUCUUCGUCUACAUUUUCUACAAUGAUGACGACCAAGCGACAAGAGCUUUUUAUCUAAAAACAUAUCCAAUAUUUGAACAAUUCAUCAAAAUCGAUCGUUUUUAUGCUUUCGCGCCGGGAAAGGCUAUUUCCCCAUUUGGUGUCUUUUUCAUCGCCGAACACGGUCUCCUUUCAACAAUCGUCACUUUGGCCCUCUAUCGACCAUACUAUGCCUAUGUUGAGCAAAUCGUUUGGGAUUUUCUCGCAAAAGUCUUGCCGUGUCUUUUUGAGCCUCGAGUCUUCUCGACAGCUGAAGCAACGACUAUCGUUGUGUUAUCAAAAGCGAGAGCGGGAAAGAUUCGACGAUUCUCGUUAGCAGCCCGUUUAGCCGUCACUGGUCACUCAAAUAUCACGAAUCUCUCAAGGAUUGCUAGCAGUCUUGGA